GUCGCAAUUGAGCGCAUCCACAAUGAAGGAAUCGAAGAGAACCCAUGUGCCGUUGCCGGGCUCCAAGGCGAAGUCCAAAGUCAAAGACACAUCCUCAAAAGGGCUAUUAAGUCAGGAAUUCAUCGAAAGCGACGACGACUCGGCGACCGAAAGCACACCUCAGUCCAAAGCAACGGGGAAGCCAAAAAGAACGAUAGCGAUUCAUAAAGCGAACGGAGUAGUCAAACCAAAGUCGAAGUCGAGCACGAAGGAAAAUGCAACCCCAAAGCCUGUGUCGAAGUCCAAGGUCGCGUCCAACGUACCUACACAAAAGCAGGUCGUGACCCAAGCGCAAGCUGCAGAGUUAUCCAGCUCGGAACAGACCGAUGACAACAGUGAUAGCGACAGCGGUUCAGACAGCUCCGGUGACGAGUCGAACACAAAGAAAGCACCGCAGCCUAGUCGCACGUUGGCGCAGGAACAAGCGUCACCUUCGAAAUCGCAAUCACACGCCGUUGAGUUCCGGCCAGCGCAACCCUAUGUACCUCCACGAGGCUUCAAUCCUGUGCCAUUGAACGUUAGAACCACUUCGAAAGCAGCAAGCAUAUUCGACAACCUAGAAGGCAAGCAGGUGUGGCAUAUAACAGCACCGGCGGGGGUCUCACUAGAGGACUUGAAGCAAGUAGCGAUGGAUAAAGCCAUGGAGGGGGAGGCUAUAUGGCAUCAUGAGGGCGCCGACUAUGGCUUGUCGAAGACGGAGAAGAGCGAAGAAGGGACGCGAGAAGUUUUAGUGCCACAAAGUGAUGGUUACAAAGCUGUAUCUGCACGAAUAUCACAGACUCUACAUCUGCAAGCGGUUGUGCGCCUACCUAAACUUAGCUCCAAACAAGCGGACCAAAAUACGGGCUCAGAAGCUGCGGCGUCGAUAACACGAUCGACCAUUCGUGCACCACGACCUCAAGUCAGAGGCCUCAAGAUGCGCUUCCUCCCGACCGGAUUUGGUGGCGAUGCUGCGGGCAUCCUAGGUGACUCGGACAGCGAAAGUGAAGCACCGCGCCAGACUGCUGGUCUCGGAAUGCCGAAUGGACUCAAUCUACCUUCUAGGAAGGAGAAGAGAAAACACGCUGAUGUAAAUGGUGCUGGGACAGUAGAGUCGCCGACAAAGAAGAGUAAAAAGCACCGAACUUUGGAGGAUAUUCAAAAGAAGGAAGACAGGAGAGCAAAGAAGAUGAAGAAACGUGCACAUGAAGCAGCCUUGGAGAGAUCAUGAGCACGAUAUGCACAGCGCGAUGGUAGUCGGCGUUGAAUAGAGGAAGGGAAAAGGUGUCCAUGGCGUUUCGCUGUGCAAAAGGAGAAGCCAGAACUUGCACUCUGUGCUGCUUGCCGUCCCGAAAUGCACCAACUAGCGACCCACGAAGAUAUCACGGUACCUGGGGCGAUGACAUUGUGAACACCAAAAGGAGGUUUGCAAGCGUUUGGCAAGGCUUUCCGAAAUGCGACACUAGGAGUUGCUGGGGCGAAGUAGCGUGUGAGAAUACAAUUGAGCUCAAAGCUCUCCGUCAUAAACCAUCUAGUCUAGUCCAG